AGGCCUGAAGAUAUACGUACGGCACUAAAAAGUAUCAGGAUGCAUGCUGGAUUGACUGGGCGGAUUGGACGAUAGAUUCAAUAUACACUUGAUCUCGGUCCCUCAUAUUUCUUGGGAGCAUCCACACGCUUGACCUCGCACAGCGCGCUCGAAAGCGAAUUCUCUACAUCUCAUAGUCUCCUAGUCUCACCUAUUGCAGUCCUACUAUCGCCUACAUGCACGACCUCCCACUUCGAAGACCCCCAAAUAGACCGACCUCGUCUCCAGCCACGCUCCGCCUCUCGCCGCCUCUUCCCUCGUCGAUCCCAACAUAUAUUUCGACUCCAUUCUGGCUUCGCAGACUUCUCCAUCGCAUUCCCACCAAACGAAUGAUUACGAAUGCCGAUCCGAACCCUUCUUCCUCUCAUACCCGCACCGUCGAGCGCUCCUAGCCCUAGCCCUACUCUAACCUCGUCGGUACGAACCUUCGCUGGCGUCUGCGCCUCCGGCUCUCGUCCCUUGUCCCUGAUAUCUAGAACUAAGCGCCGCCAGUUUCUGUCUUGGCCCGCACCGGCUCCCCACUCGCGCCCCUUUCGUCUGCAUUCUCGACGGCCUUUAUUUCCGGGCCUCCGACGUCCCAUACUCUAUCAUUCCUCGUUAUCACGGAUCAACCGUCUCUUUUGUCCACGGGGACAACAUGUCCUCGAUAUACACGUCCGAUCUCUCGCCGGAAACCGAAAUCGCACUUCUGUAACGCCCAAUCCAAUCCCUCAUCCCUCACUCCAUCCACACCU